AUGCGUCCAAUACGGGAGAUGUUGUCGCUGGCUUUGCGAUUGGGCCUACUCAAAGCGUUAGUCGGAUGCCAUUGGAGGGAAAAGAUAGCGUACCAACUCAGCAGCCUGUUGACUGACGGACGAACAACCAAAUUCGUCCCCGCAAUCCCUACAUUCUGCUUCAAAUGCAAGAAACUCAACUCAAGCUCUGCAAACCUUAUCUUCGUCAUCGGUACGCCCAACUUGGCCUCUCAACCUCCACCUCCUGCAUCUUUCCCUGCCCCUGCCCUCCUCCCUACAAACGUCGUUUCUCUGUGGACAUCUAUGAAAAUGUAUGAAUGGAACAACCCAGCAUUGCGCGGAGCACAGAGCUCUUCAAGCUUAGACAAUCCGCAGAGACAAGUUGCGAGGCGCGCGUGGUAUUCAGCCACUGCCGCUUAUGGAGCCUGGUAA